CUUUCUUGCACUUUUUUUUUCCUUCUUCUUUUGGGGUGGAGUGAAUUUUUGGUCCUGCUAACCCGUUUUGGCCGGAAGUUAUCAUCACCCUUGCCACCGCCCUUACAUGGGUGCAUGUUGGGUUUACUGUGCUACGGAUGCCAUCUUUCGCGCGAGAUGAUGAUGGGGCGCGUAACCCUUGGUUCGAUAUGUCCGCGGGUGUUCAGUGUUGACAGGUGAGCGGGAAUGCCCGAUCGGCCAACACAAUCCCCAAACCCGAUCCAUGUGUCGGAAGUUGUGUGCACUUCGGCAAACGUUAGUGUGGGUGUACGUGUUCAUGUGUUGAUCAUGUGCUAGUGUGUAAGUAAGGAAAGUGGAAAUUGAAAAGUUAAAAAUGGUGUAAAAAAAUCUAGUGAAAGGAUCAAAGAGAUGGAAAGUGUUUUUCGGGGUGUGAAGGUUUUGCAAUGUGCAAUAGAAACGAAAUUAAAUUUAGUGGUCCGUGUGUACCGUGCUUCGGUAUGGAGUGAAGUGUGAAAAAACAAAGGGGGGAAAAUGACGCAAAGAACUCAUCCUAGAAGAGAUGAUGCCGAUUCAAAUUAAAAUAAAAACUGACCUGCAAAUUCAUUCCAAUAAGCAUGACAUUUGAAGAUGGAGUCAGGUGUAGCAUUGUAAAAGUAUCAAAAUGUGUCAUGUCACAAAAAUCAUCAAAUAAGCGGCUUAGAACCAGGAGUGUACAUUAAACAGUCAUCUAGAACCGUAAGAAACGAUCUGCCACUGGGUUGUUAAAUUAUCUUUCCUACGAUCGGAAACAUUGAACAACGAAGUACAGGUAGAUUUGCUUCGAUCGCUAAAGUAGCAUCGUGGAAGACAAAUAAGCUUUAACAAGUCUUCUUCGUCCAGACAACCAAAAAUGAUGCUGAUAAACGAGGCGUAUCACUCCUGGGCGGCAAAAGAUGGCUGAAUUUGAUUUGAAAAUCGUGUGAAUAUCGACAACAAAAAUUUGGCAGCAGACGGGCAGUUCACGGUACGAUUCAGUGAGCUUUGGAAAAGUUCAGUGCAGUGCAUCGGCAUGAAGAAUGGCAGAGAAAGUUAUUUUUUCAAUGAAAACUUUCGCUACGGGCAAAAAGUAUCUGGCAGCACGAUGUUGCUGCUUCCGAGUUGUUCAGUAGUCGUGGCGCUGGUAUAUUGAAGUGUGUUUGGUUCCUUUUUUUUGCUGCUUGCAUAUUUUGGUUAGUUUUUUUCGUACGUUCGCUUGUUUCUUUUGAAGUGUGUGUGUGUGCUUGGUCUGUUUGUGUAUGAGUGUGUGUACAUGGGUGUUGAAUCAGUACAGGAAAUGCGAAGAGGAAAGAUGGGCCGGUGAUGCUGCCUGAGUUCAAAGUUAUAAAUUAGCUUCCAUCGGGAGAAGUUGAUCGAUGAUUUUGUGGCAUACUGAAGGAGUCCCACUGCUGUUUGGUGGAAAAAGAGAGUGAGAGAGAGAGAUAUAGCGCGAGUUCCACACAACAGCUGGAGUAUCAAAAUUACGUUACAUGUGCACAAAGUGUGUGUGUGUGUGAGUGUAAGGAAGUCAGCGUACUAGUGAAUGGAGAGAAAACAUUUCCUAAAAGCAUUUUAAGGUACAACUUUCGCGCGUCAGGUAUCGUGCUCAAGUGCUAGCAGCUGUGACGUGAAGGCGGCAUCUGCUAUAGAUAAGCAUAAAAAGUAUUUCUACCGAAAACACGCUAGGCAUGGUAAGCGUUUGCUUCGGGCCAAGUGAUAGACACAGUUGAGGUAUAGGAAAAGUGAAAAUAAACUUAUUCGGCAGUCACUAUGGAGUCUACAAUGCUACUCCAGCUGGGCGGUCUGUUGCUGUUGUUCAUAGUUCACUACACUGCAAGUGUUAAAGAUGUUCCUGUCGUAACGAUGGAGGCACUCGUUGGCGAGACAAUCUAUCUGCCGUGCAACGUCAGCACACACGAACCGGGUGACAAUGUUGUGCUGGUGCUAUGGUACCGGGAAGAUAAAGGAUCGCCCAUAUACAGUGCUGAUACACGAGGGCGUGAGGUCGGAUCGCCCAAACGAUGGUCCGAUGAUGCCAUGUUUGGCGAUCGUGCUUACUUCCAGUUCGAGAAGGAACCGGGUGAACUGGCGGUACAGAAUGUUCGUGAAACCGAUAGUGGCAUGUACCGGUGUCGGGUGGAUUUCAUCGUAGCACAAACUAGAAAUAGUGUCGUAAAUCUUACAAUAAUAGUCCCGCCGGAACGGAUGGUGAUACGUGAUCAGCUCGGUAUGGAGCGCACAACGGUGGCCGGCCCGUACAGCGAAGGGGACAACAUAAAGCUGCGCUGUGACGUGUACGGUGGGCGACCAACACCGACCGUCACCUGGUACCGGGACGGUGUGGCAAUGGUGGCCGACACCAAGUACAUGCCGCUCGGGAAGCACCUCCGGAGUGAGAUUGCACUCGGUCCACUGACCCGCCAGGACCUGCAUACGAAGCUUGUCUGCCGGGCGACCAACCAUGCCCGGGCCAAUCCAGUGGAGCAAUCCGUCCAGAUCGAUAUGAACUUUGCUCCACUAAACAUAAGACUGAUCGGCGCCCAUCAACCGUUGUCGGCCGGCCGAAGAUAUGACCUUCUGUGCCAAAGUGCUGGUUCACGGCCAGCCGCUUCCAUCACCUGGUUCCUCGAUGGGGUGCGGCUCGACAAAAGCAAAGAAACGACAUCGGCCGACGGUAACCAAACCACAAGCACACUCUCCAUCGUACUGAACCGUACCGAUGCGGGCAAAUAUUUGUCGUGCAAGGCGUACAAUUCCUACGUACAGUCCGAUGCCCUCGAGGAUGGUUGGCAGCUGGACAUUCAGUACGUUCCAGAUGCGUCCGUUAGGCUCGGUAGCUCGCUGGAUCCGAACGCAAUCCGGGAGGGUACGGACGUUUACUUCGACUGUAUCGUUAAAGCACAUCCGGCCGUUUACAAGGUCGAAUGGAAGCACAAUAACAAAACGCUAACACGCAACAUAUCGCAGGGUGUCAUCGUCAGCAAGCAUUCGCUAGUGCUGCAGGGUGUAUCACGUACAACGGCCGGCAACUAUACCUGCGUCGGUUUCAAUGCCGAGGGUGAAGGCAACAGUCCUACGUUCGAGCUGAAUGUGAUGUAUGCACCAACCUGUGCACCAAAUCAACCGCGUGUAUACGGUGUGGCGAAGCAGGAAAAUGCCGAGAUACGGUGCGUCGUCGACGCUAAUCCACCGGAUGUCGAGUUCAAGUGGACGUUUAAUAAUUCAGCCGAAAGCAUCGAUGUACAGGCGAGCCACAUUUCCAGACUCGGCACGUCAUCGAUCGUAUCGUACACGCCAAUGACCGAGCUCGACUACGGUACGCUACUCUGCUCGGCGACCAACAAGAUCGGCAAGCAACGGCAACCGUGCGUUUUCCACAUCAUAGCCGCAGGUCGACCGGAUCAAGUACACAACUGUACGGUAGCGAACGUGUCCAUGACGUCGCUGGCCGUCCGUUGCUACGAAGGCUUCAACGGUGGGUUAGCGCAAUCCUUCUUUCUCGAGCUACGCGACAGCCACUCGCAGGAGAUGCGCUUCAACAACACCUCGCCGGUGCCACGGUUUACAGUGCCGAAUCUGCACCCGAGCGCCAUCUAUCAGCUGGCCGUGUACGCCUUCAACUCGAAGGGCCGCUCGGAACCGUACGUCAUGAGUGCUGCCACCCAGCGGUUGCCGGAAAAGCAAAUGAAGGACUCGGAAAAAGUGGAGCGUCCUCGAUCGCCACUACCCCUAACGCCUACCUUGUCGAUUGCGAUCGGAUUGGCGGCGGCCGUACUUAUUGGCAGCUGUGCCAUUGUGCUGGCACUGAAGUUCCCGUGCGGUACGGGUAGCCGACGGAACAAGGAGACGGCCCAAAGUACGACCGUGCGGACAUCGUCGCCUGGACCGAGCGAUAAGAGCGUCGCCAGCAAGGAGUACGAUGGUAACGAGAGUGACGAGAAAAACCCGGACGUUAUACCGGACACCAUCGAUUCGGACGAUCAGAUGGAGUUCAUCAAACGAAGACAACACAUAUCGACGAUUGACACAAGCAGCCCGAACAGGUUGCUGCUGACGACGACCGCACCGAACCAAAACUUCAUCGGUUCGUCAAUGGCGGCCGCACUGCAUGCCAACCAUUCCACCACCCUUGGCUACUGCACGCUGCGCAAUGGUACACCGCAGGCCUCCAACUCCAUUACGAACGUGUCGAUGUGCCACAUGCCCUCAACCUUUACGACGGCAUCACACACCACCUGUACGCUGCCGAGGCAUCCGGUAACGGCCGGUCCCGGUCCGGGCGUUAGCCUACCGCCCAACGCACACCACUGGCCAUCGUACGGUGGUACGAUCGCAGGUGUCCGCAACAUCACGGCCAUCUCCGUCACCAGCAAUCAGGGUUCGCCCGCACCACCGCCACCGUCGGCCAUCGCGAUGCAGCACCUCGGCCCGACGGCCCGGACCCGCGUCUGCAUCGGGCUGCCCGAGGACGAAGUGUCCGCCGAUACGCCCCUCAUGAUGAAACGCGAAAGCACCGUAUGACUAUAGGAAUCUCACAGGGUCGGUGAUACGGCCCUGUGAGAGUGUGCUGCGGCUCCGUUCCUCACGCAUAAAGGGUAACCGUUCGAUACAGUGCGACAGUGCGACCGGGCCAUUAGUUGCCAACAGUAGCACCGCCAGGCAGAGUGAAAAGGGCCGUACGUUUUCAACCUAAUUAAGUCCAGCGGCAUUUUUUGCUUCCAAUGGAAGUCACCGAAGACCAAACAGUGAGCGGCCCGAGAUGCAGAUGCGGGCUGCAGCACACACAGCUGUCGGGUUUUGCCGUUGUUUUUUGCCGUUCGCCUAGAAUCGUUGCAUCAUUGUGUGAUAUGAGUACGCUGUGAAUAGUAGUCGUGUACGUGUUUGUGAGAAGGUAGGUACCGUGGGGCUUCGACUGCAACUGGCAAGUGAACGGAACCAGCUGACGAUGUCGUACAAAACGAAUGCACGGACGAGAUGUCACGCAACAUAAGGGGAGGGGGAAAAAGGGGGAAGAAAGAAGGGAAACACAACAAACAGACAGACACACAUACACACACACACUAGUGAGCUUUUUUCCAAAUGCAACUUAAUGCAAUCGACCUUCUCCCUAAAAGCGAAAUAGGUCUGUAAAUAGUGUACAAUAUAGGCAAACAGGCUCAAAAAUGAACCAUAGGAAAACUUUAUCGUCGGUUCUAAAUCUCCUCACAGGACAUCACAGAUCCAUCAAAGCCAAAAUAGCCAAAAAAAAAAAAGAAAAACAUUAAUUCAAUUCAUUAUUUUGGCAAAAGUAAACGAUGCAUUAGGGAUCUUUAAAACAUAAGCGAAAGAUGAUCAUUAAACGAAAGCAAACUUUGAAAAGUAAAUUUAGACACACACACACGCGAGAAGAAAAAGGAAAUACAAAAUUACAGCUGUACACAAUAUGGCAUAGCAAAACCACACAAAAACACACAGAGAUAUGAAACAACUUCACUUGCAAUUAAGAGAAUUAGUCCCAGCCACACACUAGCUAGCGAAUAAUGAAAAACAAAACAGAAAAGUUAAAGAGAGAAAAGUUAAAUUGGGAUCUGUCUGGUAAGGAAAUCGAUUGACGAACAUGAGCUGGGAAGAAGCUUCCCAGUGAGAAACCAUCACACCCAAGGCAAGUGAAAAGCGAUGUGAGUCGAGUUUUGCAAACGAUCCUCGCUUGUAUUUGUGCUGCUCAUUCUCCAUUUUCUACAUCCCGGUGCUCUCCAAACCAUCGAAACCAUCCUGUUGGAAUGUUCGAUGAAUUGGAUAAGCUACGUCGCGACUGUGACUGUACUGUGGAGCCACGAGCCAAAGCCAUUGCUCGAGUCACCUAUUUCUUAGCCUACACAGGAGCUCCUUAGGACGCGCCUUAUCAUCCAAUAGUUGUGCUAUCUUUCCAUCGCAAUGUGUCGUCCAUUUCCCUUGACACACACACUCUCGCUCUCUCUCUCUCCCUCGGCCGGUGGGGGUAGUUUUUUUCCGUUGCAUAACGACGCGAUACCAGUGCAUAUCCCCGGUGUACUACCACGCCGACAACGACAGUGAUUGAUGACGUUAAAAAUGGCGAAAUUUUUGCGUCUUGUUUUUUCUGCCUUUUUUUUUAGCCCUCUUCUAUGCUAUUGGAAACCGUUUCGUGGCCGUGUGGCAGGAAGCCACUAUCUUGUGAGUAUGAUGAUAUGAAGCUCGGUACGUGUGAGCUUCUUGCCCGUUACAGCUGUCAACACAAUCGAUGAUGAAUGUUUUCUUUUUUCUCAUUCUUUUUUUUUGUUUGUUUCGUGUACACCGGAGAAAACCUUUGGUUGGAGGAAAUUGGAUUUUCACGUACGGUACACUAUUUAUCGCCGGUAUGAAUUUUUUAGUAUCGUUUUUUUGCUAUAUGAAAUUUGUUUUGUUUGUGUUUGAGUUGUUUGUUGUUCAUGUAUCUUCUGUGCUUUGAGAAUGUUUACAUUUUAUUACAGUAAAAAAAAUUCUUUUUUUCAUGUUGAUACUCACUAAUAAAAAUGUUUCCUUUAUUUUUAAUUUCCGAAUGAAAAGUAAAAUAUCUGACACAUUUUGAUACUUUCGAAAUUUAUCAUUAAUUUCCGUAAGCUCUCUUAGUAAAGUGGUGCUUCAUUAUGAAGGACCACUGCGUCAUAAUCGGAUAGCAUUAUCAUUUAUUUAUCAUUUUAAUUUGUUAAUAAUCAUUAUGUUUAACUAUUUGAAAAUAAAUAACAUUUUUACAGGGGUUUCAAUUGAAUAAAAGUCCUUCAUUUCUAGAAACUUUUUUAAUCAAAAAAGAAUUUGUCAACGAAGAGUCUUUCCCAAUUUUUGGAAGUUUCUCCGGAUAAAAUCAUUUUUUUUAAUGCUUCCUGAAUACGAAACGAUACAAUGCGGUGCAAUCUUUAAACAGAACCGAUUUCAAGUAGUAAAAACUCCAAAAAAGAUUUUAAUAAGUAAGCUAAGCUUGCUUAAAGAUGUCACCUUAUCGAAACGUGACCGUAUUAAAAUUGAUUUUGCAUAUCAGUAUGCCUUAAAGGCAGUUUGCAAUGAAAGAGAAGCUCUUUACAAAUUCCCCUCACCAUUCCAAACUUUUCCAUCCGAUUUUCUUCUAUUUCGAUAUAAAUGGCGCUCACAAGUACAAGCAAUUACGCUCUCUACAGCAACAUUGACAGGCAUAUGAAAAAAAAACACUUCUUCCAAAAGAUAAAUUCCCGCUAGAUUACCAUUCAGAGCUGUUUCAAGCGAAGCACGGUUUAGCAACGAGAAAGUACAGCAUAUGUACAAAAACAAAAGCUAAAACCCAAUGCAAGCUCAGUCCUUUUAAUUAGCUCAAUUGCCUUGCACGUUCUCGCCAGGUGAACGGAUGGCGACGGUUUGGCGGCCAUCUACAUCUUAACCGGCCCUCUAGCCAUGGAUGCAAACGUAUGUGUUUUUGCAUGUUUCGUUAAACCUACACAAACCUGUCAACCAGUUUCCAGGUGCCGUUGAUGCUGUAAAUAUGUAAAAUUACGAACCAAAUGAUACAAAGUCUCACAAAUUAGUCGAAUGAACGGUGAAAGAAAAAGCUCGUUGGCGCUACAAUGCAGAGGGCGAAUAAACUGCGAACGUGGGGUGAAGUAAAAACCAAAAUCAAAAGUUGGAUUCUUUAUUACCUAGAUAUUAAAAUAUCAAUAAAUGAGGUCUAAAGUGCGCUACACAUUAAAGAAAAAACGGUAGGACCCCGGUGGGAUACCAUGCGUCUGUGGUGGGUCGGAACGAUAAGGAGCGAAAAAGUACGAAAAGUCCUAACAUAGGUAAUAUCGAACGAUUAGUUACAAACAAGAAAAAAAACACAACACAUGUUAUGGUUGAGACGGUGAGUGGUGUAAAUUGGUUGAACCGGAACCGUUUCGGGGAAAACAAAAACAAAAAUUGUUUGAACUCAAGCAAGCGAAUGAAUCUCAAGCACAGCAAAUGUGUGCGAAAAUAUGAUUAUAAAUUGCAGUUGUAAAUAAAAUAGAUAAAUUUAUAAAACAUGAA